UGCCGAGGUGCGCGUCAGUGCUGCUCAGUCCGGCCGGGACGCGGGAGGAUGUGGACUGGGUGGACAUGAGCGAACCUUAUCUCAGAUGUUGGAUCUUCUUUUGGAAAAACGUGUGGGUACGACCUUGGCUGCCCCUAAGUAUAGCUCCAGCUCCGUGAAGUUUCAAGGGUUAGCAGAGAGGACUGGGAUCAUGAAAAUGGAUAUGGAGGAAGCUGAUAUGACUUUAUGGACAGAGGCUGAGUUUGAAGAGAAGUGUACCUACAUAGUGAAUGACCACCCCUGGGAUUCCAGCGCCGACGGGGGUACUUCUGUUCAAGCAGAGGCAUCCUUACCAAGGAACCUGCUUUUCAAGUAUGCCAGCAGCAACAGCAAAGAGGUCACUGGAGUGGUGAGUAAGGAGUACAUACCGAAGGGAACAAGGUUUGGACCCCUGAUAGGCGAAAUCUACACCAAUGACACGGUUCCCAAGAACGCCAACAGGAAAUAUUUUUGGCGGAUCUACUCCAGAGAGGAGUUCCACCACUUCAUUGAUGGCUUUAAUGAGGAGAAAAGCAACUGGAUGCGCUACGUGAAUCCAGCUCACUCUGCCCGCGAGCAAAACCUGGCUGCCUGUCAGAACGGGAUGAACAUCUACUUCUACACCAUUAAGCCCAUCCCUGCCAACCAGGAACUUCUUGUGUGGUAUUGUCGGGACUUUGCAGAGAGGCUAAACUAUCCUUAUCCUGGAGAGCUCACAGUGAUGAAUCUCACACAAAUGGAAAGCAACCCAAAGCAGUACAGUAGUGAGAAAAAUGAACUUUACCCAAAGAAUGUCCCCAAGAGAGAGUACAGCGUGAAAGAAAUCCUGAAACUGGACUCCAAUUCCUCCAAAAGGAAGGACUUCUACCGUUCCGACAUUUCACCCCUCACUUCAGAAAAGGACAUGGAUGGCUUUAGGAAAAACGGGAGCCCUGACAUGCACUUCUAUCCUCGGGUUGUUUACCCCAUCCGGGCACCUCUGCCGGAAGACUUUUUGAAAGCGUCCCUGGCCUACGGGAUAGAAAGACCCACUUACAUUACACACAGCCCGCUUCCAUCUUCCACAACUCCAAGCCCUCCGGCAAGCAGCCCGGAGCAGAGCCUCAAGAGCUCCAGUCCCCACGGCAGCCCUGGGAACACUGUGUCGCCCCUGGUGCCCGGUCCCCCGGAACCCCGGGACUCCUACUCCUACUUGAAUGCUUCCUAUGGCUCCGAGGGCCUGGGCUCCUACCCUGGCUACACACCUGCCCCCCUCCCACCGGCUUUCAUCCCCUCUUACAAUGCUCACUACCCCAAGUUCCUAUUGCCACCCUAUGGCCUAAGUUCCAAUGGCUUGAGCACCAUGAACAACAUCAAUGGCAUCAACAACUUCAGCCUCUUCCCCAGGUUGUAUCCCGUCUACAGCAACCUCCUUGGUGGAGGCAACCUGCCUCAUCCAAUGCUCACCCCAGCUUCCCUACCAAGUUCCCUGCCCACAGAUGGAGCCCGGAGGCUGCUUCCACCGGAGCACCCCAGAGAGAUGCUUGUCCCAGCACCCCACAGUGCCUUUUCCCUUACCGGGGCUGCCGCCAGCAUGAAGGACGAGAGUAGUCCCCCCAGUGGUUCUCCAACAGCGGGGACCGCAGCCACGUCCGAACACGUGGUACAACCCAAAGCUACCUCAGCAGUGAUGGCAGCCCCCAGCACUGAUGGAGCCAUGAAUCUCAUCAAAAACAAAAGAAACAUGACUGGUUACAAGACCCUUCCCUACCCGCUGAAGAAGCAGAACGGCAAGAUCAAGUAUGAGUGUAAUGUCUGUGCCAAGACCUUCGGUCAGCUCUCCAACCUGAAGGUUCACUUGAGAGUGCACAGUGGAGAACGGCCUUUCAAAUGCCAGACCUGCAACAAGGGUUUCACUCAGCUCGCCCACCUGCAGAAACACUACCUGGUGCACACGGGAGAAAAGCCACAUGAAUGUCAGGUCUGUCACAAGCGAUUCAGCAGCACAAGCAAUCUCAAGACCCACCUUCGACUGCAUUCUGGAGAAAAACCUUACCAAUGUAAGGUGUGCCCUGCCAAGUUUACCCAGUUUGUGCACCUGAAGCUGCAUAAACGACUGCAUACCCGCGAGCGGCCCCACAAGUGCACCCAGUGCCACAAGAGCUACAUCCAUCUCUGCAGCCUCAAGGUCCACCUGAAGGGCAACUGUCCCGUGGCUCCAGCCCCUGGGCUGCCUUUGGAGGAUCUGACCCAAAUCAAUGAAGAAAUCGAAAAGUUCGACAUUAGUGACAAUGCUGACCGUCUUGAGGACAUGGAGGACAACAUGGAUGUGACCUCAAUGGUGGAGAAUGAGAUUCUAUCUGUGGUCAGAAAAGAGAAAGAGGAAACUGGUUUGAAAGUGUCUUUACAAAGAAACAUGGGGAAUGGACUCCUUUCCUCAGGGUGCAGCCCCUAUGAGUCAUCAGACCUGUCCCUCAUGACGUUGCCUCACAGCAACCCACUACCUCUGGUGCCUGUAAAGGUCAAACAAGAAACAGUUGAACCGAUGGAUCCUUAA